GUAGUAGUAGGAGGUUCUUCUCUCUCCAUCUCUCUCCCUCUCUCUCUCUACCCUACAUCACGAUCCCUGUCCUCUUCUCUCUCUUGAUCCCGACUUGUCUGCAAACCCUAAUCCCAACCUAACCAAUCCAAUUCACUGUUUUAGUGUCUGGACUCGACUAAAUCUCUCUAUCGCACUUGUUCUCCGGCGAGAUCUCCAAUUCCGAGUCAUCACAUCACUGCUAGACCCACCUUCGAUGCGAAUUUGAUUUAGAAUUAUUCAUGGAAGCAUAGCCAUUGCUAGUUGAUCAAGUGUGGGUUAUGAAUACCAUGGGGACUGAAAAUUCUAACCGUGCCAAUUUCCCUCAAAGGCCUGCUACUUCACCCUUUGCUGCUGCUUCUCAGAGUACGGCAUCUUUUUUAUCAUCUGGCCCUGUGAUUGGAUCUGAGGCCUCUGCUUUUAGACCCACACCGCCAACUGCUCCCCAGAUUACAAGGCCUUUCUUGUCAUCUGGGCCAGUGGUUGGAUCAGAAGCAUCUGGUUUUAGAUCUGCACAAACAGGUAGACCUAAUGAUCCAUCUAUACCACCUCCACCAUCAUCAUAUGUCCCACCACCAACAGGACCUUUUCAGCAUUUCCCAACACCACAAUUUUCUUCAACAGCUCAAGUACCUCCUCCACGUAUUUCCCCUCCAGGGCAACCAGUUUUUUCUGCACCAAUUAAACCUCCUGCAGCUCGUGUUCCAUCUCAGCCAGUUUCUCUUCAUCCACAGCCGCCCCAGAUACCAUCUGUGCGGAUGGGAUCUCCGCCUCAAAGCAUAAACCAUGUACCAUCAGGCAUGAAUGUUCCUCCAUCAUCCUUAGAUUCAUCAUUUUCAGGUCCUAGGCCAACCUUGCAGCCAUUGCAGUCAGCUUUUCCUGGGUAUCCUAGUAGACCAUCUAAUGCAGUUACACAACCUCCACCUGUACAGUCUGCCCCCUUUGUUUCCCAUCAAGGAGGUUAUGGUCCGCCCCCACCCACAACAUCUACCCCUUUUUUUGCUCAUCAAGGUGGUUAUGUUCCCCCUCCACCAGUCACAGCUCCUCUGGGUGCCUAUUCAAGGGAUCAAAUGCAACACCAAGGCUCUGGACCUCCUAUGGGAGCUGUGCAGGGCUUGACAGAAGACUUCAGCUCUCUCUCACUUGCCUCUGUUCCUGGAUCACUUGACCCAGGACUUGAUUCUAAAGCAUUGCCAAGGCCUUUGGAUGGUGAUGUGGAGCCAAACUCCUAUGCUGAGAUGUAUCCCAUGAAUUGCAAUUCUAGAUAUCUGCGUCUUACAACUAGUGCCAUACCAAGUUCCCAGUCUUUGGUUUCAAGGUGGCAUUUACCCCUCGGAGCAGUUGUUUGUCCUCUUGCGGAACCUCCUGAUGGAGAGGAGGUGGCAAUAGUUAAUUUUACCCAGAAUGGAAUUAUUCGCUGUAGAAGAUGUCGGACAUAUGUGAAUCCAUAUGUGACAUUCACAGAUGGUGGAAGAAAGUGGCGCUGUAACAUAUGUGCUUUGCUUAAUGAUGUUCCGGGUGAUUAUUUCGCCCAUUUGGAUGCCAGUGGCAGAAGAAUUGAUUUGAAUGAACGGCCUGAGCUUAGCAAGGGUAGUGUGGAAUUCAUUGCACCAGCUGAAUAUAUGGUGCGGCCUCCGAUGCCACCACUAUAUUUUUUCCUCAUUGACGUGUCACUUUCCGCUGUUAGAAGUGGAAUGCUUGAGGUUAUGGCACAAACUAUUAAGUCUUGUUUGGAUAGAUUGCCCGGCUUCCCCAGAACACAAAUUGGGUUCAUAACUUUUGACAGCACUAUACAUUUUUAUAACAUGAAGUCAUCUUUGACGCAGCCUCAAAUGAUGGUGGUCUCAGAUCUGGAUGAUAUAUUUGUUCCUUUGCCCGAUGAUCUCCUUGUUAACUUGUCAGAGUCAAGAAGUGUGGUGGAUGCUUUUCUAGAAAGCUUACCCUCCAUGUUUCAGGACAAUGUGAAUGUUGAAUCUGCUUUUGGUCCAGCUCUUAAAGCAGCAUUUAUGGUCAUGAGCCGACUUGGUGGUAAAUUGUUAAUUUUCCAGAAUACACUGCCUUCACUUGGUGUUGGCCGCCUAAGGUUGCGUGGAGACGAUCUUCGUGUUUAUGGAACAGAUAAAGAGCAUGCAUUAAGAAUACCUGAAGAUCCGUUUUAUAAACAGAUGGCUGCUGAUUGUACCAAGUGUCAGAUAGCAGUGAAUGUCUAUGCAUUCAGUGACAAGUACACUGAUAUAGCUUCCCUAGGAACUUUGUCAAAAUAUACUGGUGGACAAGUGUAUUACUAUCCGAGCUUCCAUUCAGCAAUUCACCAAGAGAAGUUGAGACAUGAGCUAGCCAGGGAUCUUACGAGAGAAACUGCCUGGGAAGCUGUCAUGCGCAUAAGAUGUGGAAAAGGUGUGAGGUUCACAUCUUAUCAUGGGAAUUUUAUGCUUAGGUCCACUGAUUUAUUAGCGCUUCCAGCUGUAGACUGUGAUAAAGCUUACGCAAUGCAGAUGGGUCUUGAAGAAACAUUAUUGACCACUCAGACUGUAUAUUUCCAAGUUGCUUUGUUAUACACUUCAUCUUCUGGAGAGAGGCGUAUUAGAGUGCAUACUGCAGCAGCACCAGUGGUCACAGAUCUAGGAGAGAUGUAUCGGCAAGCUGAUACUGGCGCCAUCACUUCUUUGUUUUGUAGGCUAGCAAUUGAGAAAACUCUGUCCUAUAAACUGGAAGAAGCUCGAAACUCGAUUCAGCAGAGGAUUGUCAAAGGCUUGAGAGAAUAUCGAAAUCUCUAUGCUGUACAGCAUCGCUUGGGAGGCAGGAUGAUAUACCCAGAACCACUUAAGUUCUUACCAUUGUAUGGGUUAGCACUAUGUAAAUCAAUACCCCUUCGUGGUGGAUAUGCUGAUGCGCAGCUCGAUGAACGCUGUGCAGCAGGGUACACCAUGAUGACCCUACCUGUUAAAAGUUUGUUGAAGUUGUUAUAUCCUAAUUUGGUUCGGGUUGAUGAGUACCUUGUAAAGGUGUCUUCUCAGGCUGAUGAGUUCAAGAUUUCAAGGCUACCACUUACAGUUGAGAGCUUAGAUUCCAGAGGGCUUUAUAUUUUUGAUGAUGGUUUUAGGUUUGUUAUAUGGUUUGGUAGAAUGCUUUCACCUGAUAUAGCUAUGAAUCUACUUGGGGAAGACUUUGCUACAGACUUUUCGAGGGUAUUUUUUUUUCAUUCCCAGAAUCUACGUCAUAUAUCUAAUAUUCCAAAAUAUUAUAUACUUCAUGCACAUUUUUUAUAUUAUAAUCUCCAUGUCUUCAUUAGUUGUGAUUUAUUUAAAAGGAUAUUAUUCUGGAUCUCAUUUUCCUGCAUUUAUCAGAGCCUCUGAUGUGGUGAUGCCAAAAUUAAAAGCUUUAUGACCUGAGUUAAGAUUGGCUGUCAAACAUGCAGCAUAUUUGUGCUUUUAACACGAAAAAAAAAAAAGCAAAAAUAGGGUGUCCUUGUCAUGUACUAGGUGAUGGGGAACGCAAAGGAAUUAUAAAAGAGAUAAUUGAAGAUUAAGAAAAUUAGUUGAUUUAGGAG